AUGGCUCUUCCCAAUUCUCCUCAAGAACCGCCUAGCAGUGCAUCGGGCACCGCUCCCACACCAUUCCUCACCUGGGCUCGCGUAGCUCAACCGCAACGAGUCUCACUCGUUCAUCAGUACCGUAAAAAACAGACACCGGACCAAAAGAUGACUACCUUUCUAACAAGGAUUUGGCGCAUUGGUCGCACUCCAGGCAGUGUCCUGUUUGAUGUCAGUCCAAUCCCAGGCUCUGUCCCUGACUUUAUCCAAAAAAUCAUGAAUGUGUUUCCCACCAACAAUGGUAUACUCGUCCACCGUGAGGGCAAACGUACUGUCCUUGAAGUUAAGCUCAAGAACCAAGAAGAAAAUGAUCCACCUUACGUGAACAGGACAAUGAACCUAUCAACAGGUACCUCGGCCAUUACAUCAGCUAACGCCGGUUUCAAAGAUGUGCCCGAUUAA